ACUUGUUUUAAAAGUGCCACUGUCAUGUCACACGGUCAUGUCACGAAACGAUGUUACGAUACUUUUAUUUACUAAGUUUGUUAUUAUGUAUCGAGUUAUCAAUUUCUUAUAAUUAUUUAGACGAACUUACAGAACGAAAUCUAAAUAAAUUUGGGCGUAAUGUGAGGAGAGACAGAGAGAGAAAGGUGAGACGGUCAAAAGAACGGAAGAGUCUGAUACGUCAGGAGUAUGAUUAUGACAGGAGUCCAGUGGAGUUUGAUGUGGCAAGUUUUAUACAACCGGAGGAAGAGGCCGUUGAAGAUGACGAAUCAUUUAGACACCGCAAUAAGAAAAGGCGACGUACCUCAAAAAGUUUCGAUUAUGGUGCCAUGAUCGGUUUUAAUGUUGACGAGGGUAAUAGAAAAAGGGAGAAAAGCCCUGACUACCUAAACAUCGGUGACAGUAAUCCAGAUUUGAACAUGAACCCGCCACUAUUCAAGGACGCAAUCAAUCCAAAACAUGUGAAUUAUAACUCGUUAGAUGACUUGCACAGUGAAAAGUAUGGACAUGAGAAAUUUAGAAACAUUUAUAAAGAUGAUCUACUAAUGGACCAAAAUGUAGUGCAUAAUCAUGAAAAGAAAUGUACACUCAAACAUAUAAAGUUCCCGUUUUUUUCCCAUAACAAAUCAGAGAUCACGAAGCCGAAGAGAAAUAAAAAGAGAAAACUCUUUUGCUUCAAUUGUCCAAAGAAGGACGAGCAUCGUCUCAAAAUUCCGGAUUUCAACAAGAUAAGUGAAGACCCAGUGAUACAGUUCAAGGUCAAGAGGUCUUAUGAACAGAAGCUGUGUCCGUCUUGCAGGAAGUUGUUCGUGAGUGGCAUGGACCCAAACGAGAGACGCAAGAAAACACCGAAACGAAUCAUACACAACAGUAGACAGUACUAUCAAACAAAUUUUCCUGAAGUGAGAUUAAAAGAAGAUGUAAAAAGUAUAAGAAAGAACGUUGCAUUUUCAGAAGGUGCUGCUUUAGACGACGGAGACAGAAAGAGAAGAGGCGUGGAGGCUGAUAGAGAGAGGCAAUUGAAAGAGUUAGAGGCGGUUCAGAGGAAAGUAGAUAGUGUGGAAGUCGUUGUUCCUACGUUCGACAAGCCAUCCGAAACGUAGUAAAGAAUAGUCUUAAAGUAAUGUAUUGUUUAAAAUGUAUGCUUAUUUUAGAGUAGAAGAAUUUACAUUAUAAUAAAUAUUAUAUUUUGUAUA